AUGGGGUCUGAAGACAAACAUGAGGAGGAAUCACUUGGUAUGGGCCUUAAGCUGAUGCUAGCAGCAGCUCUCUCUUUAUUUGGUAUGAUCUUAGUAAUCAUCAUCUUCCAUUUUAGUGCAAAAUAUUUCAUUAGACGCCAACAAAGGAGACGCCAAAACGACCUUCUUUACCAGAUCACCACUCAAAUUGCACCAGUUGAUUUGAGUUCUGUGGAGCCCCGCAACCCUGGCCUUGAAACUUCCAUCGUAGCCUCUCUGCCUAAACUUUUGUACAAGCAAACGGACCAGUUUAAGAAAGGUGAAGUCAUAGAGUGUUCCGUUUGCCUAGCCACUAUUCUGGAGGAUGCAGUCACUAGAGUGCUGCCAAAUUGUAAGCACAUUUUUCAUGUUGAUUGUGUUGAUAAAUGGUUUAAUUCUAACACUACAUGCCCAAUUUGCCGCACUGUGGCUGACCCAAAGGUACAACCUGAAGAACGUGGUCAUUUCCACCAAGUCCAACCCACAGCACCACCUGUUGUGGGUGGUGUUGAGCUCCGAGAUGGUAAUGAAAUGGAAAAGGUGGGGUGCUCAGGUUUGAGAAUAGGAUCCUUCCAUAGGAUGGUUAGUAGCAGUGAAAGAUCAGGGAGAAGGACCCAGAGUUGUGAUGAAUCUACCAUAGAUAUUGAAAGACACUGA